AUGGCUGACCCACCUCCUCCAUGCCGACACUUCACCAGGGGCCACUGUCGACUCGGUGACGCGUGUCGUUUCACCCACGACCCAUCCGUCGGUGUGCGAGCUCGAUCGACGACGAAGAGCGGUCGGAGCGGUCGCGGUGGCGUCGACCCGAGAAAAAAAGUGCAACUCUUCACAGACUUUCUGAGAGAAACAUUCGAUGAUUUACGCGACGCGCGCGUGCUCGACGUCGCCGGGGGCAAGGGUGCGCUCGCGUUCGAUGUGUGUAAUCGAACGUCGGCGACGGGCGUGACGGUGAUCGAUCCGAGACCGAUGAAGCGGGACGCGCUGCGCGCGCGCUGGACUCGAUGGCUCGCGAGCCGAACAGAGGUGGAAAAGCGAGACGGUGCGGCGGUUACGGUGCGCGAGCCGGAACACUUGAGAGUGUAUUGGACGAGAGAGGUGUGGGAGGGACGAGAGCGGGCGGUGCGCGCGUCUUGGGAAUUGGCGAGGUCGAGUCGGUGGUGCGUGAGCGGUUUGGUCGCCGACUCCGGCGAUGGAAAGUACGAGGACGGAGCGAAAAGUGCGCGCGUCAGGGUCAGUGAGGCUGGCAUCGAAGCGCCGAUGGACGCGUUGGAUGCGAAUGAGGACGCGGAGAGCGACGCGACGUUCGAGGAGACGUUCGAGGCGCUCGAUGAGGCGAUUAAAAAGUGUACGCACGUCGUCGCCAUGCACCCAGACCAAGCCACGGACGCCGCGGUGGACUUCGCCCUAGAGCGUGGACUCCCGUUCGCCGUCGUGCCGUGCUGCGUCUAUUCCAAAGAGUUUUCCACUCGUCGUCUUCGAUCCGGCGAGCGCGUGUCCACGCACGAUCAACUCGUGACGUACUUGGCGGAAAAAGCCGGCAUCGCCGACGUGCGCGUCGCCGAGCUCCCAUUCCGAGGUAAAAAUCGAGUCGUCUACUCCCUCGGCCGCGUUCGCUCGUCGUGCGCCCCGAUAGAAAAUUAG